CUCCUUCGAAGUUUAUAUUCCAAAGCAAGAUUCAAGUGGUGAAAUGGCUCGUACAAAGCAAACCGCUCGUAAAUCAACUGGUGGAAAGGCACCAAGAAAGACCUUGGCAACGAAAGCUGCUCGUAAGAGUGCCCCAGCUACCGGUGGUGUGAAGAAACCUCACAGAUACAGGCCAGGAACUGUCGCCCUGCGAGAAAUCCGUCGUUAUCAGAAAUCCACCGAGCUUCUGAUCCGCAAACUGCCUUUCCAACGUUUGGUUCGUGAGAUUGCUCAAGAUUUCAAGACCGACCUUCGUUUCCAAAGUUCAGCUGUGAUGGCUUUACAAGAAGCAAGCGAAGCUUAUCUUGUUGGUCUGUUUGAAGAUACGAACUUGUGUGCUAUCCACGCCAAGCGAGUGACCAUCAUGCCCAAAGACAUCCAGCUGGCACGACGAAUCCGUGGUGAACGAGCUUAAAUCAAGUCCUAAAGACAACCAAAAAAAAAAAACCGGCUCUUUUAAGAGCCACCAAAUGUACUAAAAGAAAUGAACGAAUUCGAAUAUUUUCCGUUCCCGCCAUAUUCAAAAUGGCGCCAAAAGUGUCGUCCAUUUCGCGAAGCUAAACUAAAUCGUAAAUCGAACUAGUGUUCAUCAUCAAGGUUACCAGUUCCUUUUUAGGCAAUACCUUUGUAUCGAGGGGCAUUAAUUUGAGAUAUUUUUGGUUUCAUUGAAGGUAAAUUCCAGUCGCCACAUUGUACAAAUUUGAACGAAGAGCAUCUUAAGUUUUUUGGGGUGCACACAACAGAAAAAAUCUGCUAUCCAUGUUACUGUAAGUAGACCACUAGAGAUCUCUUCACCCAUCCUGUUCUACUGUCUAGAAAUCAACUUUUAUUGGUACUCAAAUAACAGGGCUGUAGGAAGCUCUUUGAUCGGGGGGGGGGGCUGAAAAUGAGGGCCUGAGGAAAUUUUUAAAUUUAGAGAGUCUUAAUUAAAUGCGAUUUCCUGUACUUUGGGGGAACAUCUGACAUUUCCGAUGGUCAGAGAACAGCGUUUUACUGUUUUAGUAUGUUGAAAUUUACAAAUUCAGUACUAAAUGGGCAAAGGUGUAUUUAAUUAACUAUUAUAUUGGAUAAGUUGCAAGAAAGUUUGUUGAAUUAUUCUUCAUUCUUUGCAGGUUGUCAUGGAUUAAAUGAUACGUCUGCAUGAUUUUGAAAAAUGAAUUAUUAUAUUAGCAAAUUAUUGGGGGAGGCUGCAGCCUCCCGGUUGAUACGGCCCUGAAUAAAUAUACACUCAAUCCCUUCGAAACUUCUGCAAUUACAGUUGCCCAUAUGAUUUGUUUUAAUACACCCUAUAAUUCCCAUUGUAUAUUAUUGAAGGCUAUAUUAUUUGUUAUAUAUCUACCAUAUUAUGGUUAAAGUUAGUACAUUAAAAAAAAAACACUAGAGUCCUUUAUUGAAAUAAACAUAGUCAUAAACUUGAUCUUUCUUCUUCAAUUCCUCUUGCAAUUCUGGUUCAAGAUGAUGGAAGGCUAAAGAACUGAAGAGAAAACAAAUAAUUAGGUUUUGUACAGUGCAUGCCUGAACAUUGUGCAAAAACAGUAAAAACACACUGAAUGAGCAUAGAAAAAAAUGAAUAGCAGGUGUCUGUGAUGCAGGCUAGUGGGUGUGUCCCCAAUACUUUAGAAAGGGGGGCCAGAAUACAUGAAUUCUUAAAAAUUGCACUGAUC